CUCGGCCUGGGAACUUCCGUAUAUUUCAUGUGUGGCCCUUAAAAGAGAGAGAAAAGACGCAUCCUUUGCUCCUCAUGGAUUCCAGAGUAGGGAGAUAAACACAUAAACAGAUCAUUUUACUCUAGUGAGAAUUCUGUAAUAAAAGAGUUAGCUAUAUGCUAUGAGAAUACAGAGCAGAAGUUAACUACGUCCUUUAAGGGGAGCAUGAGGAAGCUUCAAGAACGAGGUAACAUUUGGUGGGUCUGGAAGUAUGGUUCAGAGUCUGGAGAGCUAACAAUCAGAAUAAGAGCGUCUAUGGGAUAGACAGUGCAGAGGCAUAGUGAAGUACAAGUGCAUAGAGUAUUUGAGGAGUAGCAAACAUGUGGGUGUGACUGGCACGUACAUUUGGGGAGCAGGGAGAAACAUUUUGAGGUGAGAUUGGGGGAAAAAAGCAGGUAAGCAAACAAUCUGUGCAUUGGGGGAAUACAGUGGCGAGCAGUGGAAUGCUCUUGCCCAGGGAUCCUGACCAAGAACAAGUUUUAUUGAGCAUUGUAAGCGGCAACUGGGAGAAACAGGGCAUGAUGGGCUAUGAAGCCUGGGGUUUCCUUGUAAGGCCGGCAGGCCCUAUUUUCUAGGGUAAGGUGAGCUUGCUGAAGCUGAGUUGAAGGACAGUGUUUGAUGUGUUUUUAGGUUCCCUGGACAGUGAGGCACUACCCCUAAGUGCAGGCUGACUGAGAUUUAGAUUUGGGGGCCAGGCUGCUGCGAUGGAUCCUGAUAUAUAGAUUACCUUCAUCAUGGUCCCAUAAAUCAGAUUACUAGCUUCAAUUUUUUUCCUUCUGUUUGCUUCCCAACUCUUGAAAGUUAAUCAAGAAGAAUCACAAAUUUCUUGAGUUACACAUGUACUAGGAAAUGUUUCUAAAAUUUAGUAGAAUGUGGUUUUGUAGUGUUUUUGCAUACAUGUCUAUUUAUAUAUAAACACAAACAUUUACUUACAGGUAAGACACAGGAUUGCAGCUUCAUAGUCUUCUGCUUAUCUUAGUGAAGAAUGUUAUCCAUCGCUGCAAUCAGUAGAAUUACUGACUUUCAUUGUAAUGAUAAUUUAUUAGAAAUUGCUUCCUGGAGACAGUAACAGGGAACAUUUGGUCAAUCUGGAAAGUAGCUUUGUUGCCUUGGUAACUGAAAGAAUGCAGAGAAACCAGUUGUGGAGCAUAUCACAACCAGGGCCCCAAACAGGUUGAGUACUAGCUCAAGGCAAGAGGCAAAAAUGGAAACAUCUGCUGGUACAUCUGCUGCGAUCAGAGACCUGCAGGCUGUGGCAGUGCCUACAGGAGCUUGACCUGUCUUUAUACAGUCUGAUCAAAGAUUCUUAGAGCUCACCUUCUGACCAGACACUUGGGAGUCCAUGCACUUUCCUCAGACUCAGACAGAAUGAAACUUAAAAAUCUUUAGCCCAAAGGACAUGGCAAAUCAUCACCUGUCUAGAUGAGUUCAAUGAUGGGAGAGAUCAGGUGAAAUGAUAGAAGUCUGUGGAAGAAAUCCACCCUCCCUUCCGUGAGCAAAACUGUUUUUAGAGCCUACUUAAUGUGUAUCAAGCACUGUGCUGGGCACCUGCAUAGCAGAGAUGGACUGGUCUUUUUGUUUGUUUGUUUGUUUGUUUUAUUUUUUUUAAUCACCCCACCCAUAGCACAUAGAAGUUUCCAGGCCCAAGAUUGAAUCCGAGCCACGGCUGGAUCCUUUAACCCUCUACAUUGGGCUGGGGAUUGAACCCAUGCCUCUGCAGCCUCUUGAGCUGCUGCAGCAAUCAGAUUCUUAACCUACUGUGCCACAGCAGUAAUUCCCAGAGGUGGGCAGGUCUUCUUCCUUCCUCCCUUCUAGAAGCUUCCAGGAAAGGCACAUAAGGAAAAGAUAAUGGUAUAGUUUCCAAGUCCUAAGAAGAUCUAGAGCAAGUACAAUUCUAUGAAAAUGUUAAGGAUUCAGUUUGAGAGCUGAGGGUCUAGGAGACUUUACAGAGGAGGUGACAUUUGUGUGAGUUUUGAUGAGGUGGAGCAGAACCUAGAGGCAAGGAAUGCUAGUGGCAACUGAAUCUAGAAUUUAAGACUUGUGGUUCUGAAGUACAUCAGUUUUAACCUGGACAUGCUCAGCCUUUCAAGACCUCAGGAAAGUCCUCAUUCACCAGCUGGAUGAUUGACAGUCACUGGGGAGGCUUGAGUUCCCUGAUGCAGCUGCCCCUGUGGUGAAUAUACCGUCCUGAAUGAGGUUAUGGCUAUAAUUUUGAGCUGGCCUAGGGCACUGACAGAGCCUUCCGAUUUUACUACUUAUUCCAUACCACGUUUUUCUCAUUGUCUGCCAUCCAGACAGCAGUCUCCUCAUUUGGAGAGGAAUAAGCCCAUUAAUUCUCUCCCUAGGUAUGUGUUGCAAAGCAAUAGUGUAAUCAAAUUAUAAGCCACUCUGCCCACUCCCCUCUGUAAAAGGGUCCCUGUAAAAGGAUCUCCACUUUCUCCUAGUGAAGUAGGAGGAGCUGCUUGCCACUCAGCAGCGGAGAGAAGGGAGACUCCCCGUGCUAAGGCCCUGUACCAAAACAAUGACAGUGUAAGUUUUCUUGCAGAUGGAACUAAGUAACAGAAGGUUGCCAAGGAGUAAGUCACUCACACCUUCCUCAUUCUUCGAAAGCCAGAAUUUGACCAUAUUUUUAUCAGCAAGCCUUUCUGAGUCUCCUCUUAUUUUUUUCCCAUUACUAAUUAGAAUUAUGACCUUCCUGGCAUCACCUUCAUGUUUCAUUUUUAUUAUACAUCCUCACUUCCCUUUCUUUAGUGAGAGCUUUGCUGUACCGUAAGGUGACCCUAGUCUUGCCAGUGAACCUUUAUUGCUUUGACAUAUACUGCUGCUUAGCUACUCAAGGUCAAGAGGAAGGAGAGGUGUGUAUGAAUUCAGUUUAUGAUCAGGACAGAGAUUAAAUUCACCUUUUUUCCCCCACGUUGCAACACUGCCACUCCUGACCAUGGCCACAACUCUCAGUAAGGAACUGAAGUUAAUGCAAGAUGCAUGUAAGGUUGGUUCCUGCUUUGGGGACUUGAGUAAAUUACGUAGAGGGUAUGAAGGUGAGUACUUGGGGACAAGGGCUCUAGUUAAGGAAACUUUCUUGGGCUGGGCCUUUGAUAAUCUCUUCGCAUUUUAUAGACCAAAGAUAGAACAAUCUUCCCCUUUUUUCCUAAAAGUUUUAUUUUAAAACUGUAAUCAGAUCAUCACAGUUGAUUGAUAAUGGCUUUUAAGAAACCAACCUAACUUUUCUUCACCUUGGAAAAAGACAUCUCGUGUAUUCUUGAUAGACUAUUUUACAGUAUCCUAUGUUAGUAAAGGUAGUGACUUACAGGCUGGGCAACAAAAAUUAGCUUUGUUCAAGGCAGAGUUCGGCCUGUCCUUUUUUUGAGAAUUCUCUCUCUUGGAUCCCUUAGUCCUGAAUGUGCAAUAUAUAAACUCAGAGCUCAGGGCAGCAGAGGACUGCGCAGAAUUAAAUAGGAGCAGUGGGCUCUGGCUGGCGGGUAAAACAGCAAGCCACAGAUCGCCAGGGCCUGGAAGUCCCAGAGGUCAGAGGAAGAUGAACCACCCCAAUGUUCUCCCCUUGGCUACUAAGUGAUCAGUAGACUGGAAAGAGCAGGCCUGGGGCAAGAGGAACCAAGAGGGCACAGUGGCAAGAGUACGAGUGUCACACAAGUGCCUCACAGCUGGGGUACAGGUCCCCAAAGUGCUACUGACUGCAGUCUUUCAAUGAGCUGCUUAUUAAACUCUUGCACGAUGCAGAGCUGCAGAUGGAGCUCUCCCUGGGCUUUGGGGACCCACUCAAGUCAGCGUUCAGGUGAAUGUGAUACAUUGUUAUGACAGCAAACCUACUCUUCCUCUGAGAAAUGAAUGCCUUCAAGUUUGAUAUUAUAAGAAGUUGGGUUUGUUUUUUUUUUAAGUGAAAUUUUGAGCAAUUUUCUGGAAUCAUUGUUCUAUUUAAGGGUUAUGGCUGAGGAUUGGCAAAUGAGUUUUAUUUUUAAAACAGUCAUUUGAGUGGGUAACUGUGGAAGUGUGGGCACAGCGUCAGAGAAGUGAGCGUGUGGGGAUACACGUAUCUGUAUCAGUGAAAGCCGAAGUCAUUACUAUAUCCUCGGUACCCACAUUAGCCCCAUCCCGGGUUUUAAACUGCAGAUCUAAACAGAGUGCUAGUUAGAAGGAAAUUACAUUUUCAGUUUAGCAGUGGCAUUUGAUUGUGCAGUAAGGAGCAGGUUCCUCACUUUCUCUUUCUUUUUCAUUCAUUCCAUCUUCCUUCAUUCCUUUCACACUAGUAAAUAUAUUUAGCACCCAACUGCUUGAGGAAAGUGGAGCGUUGGGGGCAAGACAGGUUUUGUCAUGAAUGCUGGGGACUUGGUGUGAUGUCACUGCCAGCUCUGAGAUUGUAGGCGGUGGUAGAGCUCCAGGAGCGAGGGGGGAAGAGCAGUGGAAGAGUCGCUGUCGCUCUCACACAGGCAGGCAGCCGCUCACACUGCUGCCUGCAGAGAGCCGGAUGGACUCCCCGAAAGAAACGAGCCAAGCUGGGUUUGAGUGGCAGAGGACAGAGGGCAAACUGAAUGAAAUCGGGCUGAAUGUCAGCAUGGACGGGCAGCUGAAAGACGGGCUUGUGAAGAAUGCCAGCUUCCUGGAGCAGAAUAAGCUCUGCUUCUUUGAGGGGAAGCUAGACAAAGAGCUCAGCAUUGAAGCGCAGGACAAGGAGUAUCAAGCCACCUCGGGUCACCUUGCAAGCAGGUAUGUGAUCGCAAAAAGCUGCCAUCCCUCAGAGGGGAACGCAGUACACCAGAAGACAGCUGAGUUCCAUCUGGGACUCAGAGAGGAGCCAGACAGAAACAAAGCCACUAUAGUUCCAGGGAUAGUGACAGGGAAGAAUGUGCUGGAGGCUGAGAGCCAGCCAGAUCUGGAUUUCCCCAGGGCUGCUGACAUCCCCACCCAGUGUGUCAAGGAGCAGGAAACCAGCGUUUGGAACCCCAACUUUUAUCCAGUGUCAGGGGCCCAAGGCUCCCAGCACUCAAGGGAAGCACCUCCAGGCAAGGAGAACAGCACCGCUGCUGGCUGCCGGGUAACUGGUGUGGUGAGUGCUAACUCUGAGCAGCUGGAAUGCGAGUCCUCACUGCCGGUGGCUGUAGCCCACCCAGCCCCUGCCGUUGAGAACUCACCCACUGCCAUUCCACCAAUCACUAUGGUCGAGUUCACGCCGGAGUGUUUGAAUGCUGGCUCUCAUAUCAAAGACCAUGAGGAGAAGCUGGAGAAAUUGAGUUCUACUGAGGAGAACGUUCUGCUUGACCAAGGGCCCCAGCAGAAAAAGGCAAUGCGCCGGGCCUUGUCCGAAUGCUCUCACCUCUCAGUGCCCCCAGCUGUCAACCUUGCAGAUAAGUAUCCUGAACUUCCCUCCCGAGAAGAGCCAGUGCCAAAUCCCACACCCAAAAAACUGGGGGCUCCUGCCAUUAGACGCUCCAUGACAGUGGCUGAGGAACAGAGAGCCAGCCACAGAUUGAACCCUGGAGAAUUGCCCAUUGUGUGUGCUGAAGAGAUACCCCCUUUCAACUGUGAGGAGCCAGUGGCCAAGAAGAAAGAAGAAUUGACCCACUUCAGCAGCAGCAGCAGCCCUGGGAAGAGGGAAGCGGGCACUGCUGGGUUACAUCUCCAUGGUAGGCUAGAGCAGAUUCCUGAAGUAAGCGGCAAGGAAAAAGGACAAGAAGACAUUAGUGAAACAAAAACACAUUCAUGCUCCCAAGUCUACCAUGGAGGUGAGAAACAGCCAGGACAGAUGGGUCUGGCAGGGAAGAAAGAAAUCGAGGUCACUGCAGCCCAGAGCACUCCAUCGUUCCUGUGUGAAGAGACCCCACGUGAUGGAAUAGCCAAACCAGAAGAAGGACAGCCUGCUGUGAGCGUGACUGGAAAUGACAUCACCACCCCGCCAAACAAGGAGCUCCCACCAAGCCCAGAGAAGAAAACAAAGCCUUUGGCUACUACUCAACCUGCAAAGACUUCAACAGCGAAAGCCAAAACCCAGCCCACUUCUCUCCCUAAGCAGCCAGCUCCCACCACCUUUGGUGGGUCGAAUAAAAAACCCAUGAGCCUUGCUUCAGGCUCAGUACCAGCUGCCCCACCCAAACGCCCUGCUGCCGUCACUGCCAGGCCUUCCACCUUACCUUCAAAAGAUGCAAAGCCCAAGCCUGUUGGAGAGGCAAAGAUCCCUGAGAAGCGGGCCUCACCAUCCAAGCCAGCCUCACCAUCCAAGCCAGCCUCUGCCCCGGCCAUCAGGCCUGGCUCCAAGAGCACCCAGACUGUACCAAAAGCCACAGCACCUGCCACUCUUGCCUCAGCUGGGCCAAGCAGUAGGAGCCCCUCCACAUCCCUGCCCAAGAGGCCCACUGCCAGCAAGACUGAGGGGAAACCUUCAGACGUCAAGAAGUUGGCUACAAAGUCUGCACCAGCUGACUUGAGUCGCCCAAAGACCACCUCUACCACUUCUGUGAAGAAAAGCACCACAGCCCCUGGGGCGGCAUCCCCAGCAGGGGUGGCUCCCAGCCGAGUCAAGCCCACAGCCACGGCUCCCCGGCCCUCCGGGACUCCUUCUGUGGACAAGAAGCCUGUGUCGGCCAAGCCCAGCUCCUCUGCCCCGAGGCUGGGCCGCCUGACUACCAAUGCUUCUGCCCCUGAUCUGAAGAAUGUCCGCUCCAAGGUCGGCUCCACGGAAAACAUCAAGCAUCAACCUGGAGGAGGCCGUGCCAAAGUAGAGAAAAAAACAGAGGCAGCUGCUCCAGCUCGAAAGCCUGAACCUAACGCAGUCACUAAAGCAGCCGGCCCAAUUGGCAGUGCACAGAAACCACCCGCUGGGAAAGUCCAGAUAGUCUCCAAAAAAGUGAGCUACAGCCACAUUCAGUCCAAGUGUGGUUCCAAGGACAAUAUUAAGCAUGUCCCUGGAGGUGGUAAUGUUCAGAUUCAGAAUAAGAAGGUGGACAUCUCUAAGGUCUCCUCCAAGUGUGGGUCCAAGGCUAACAUCAAGCACAAGCCUGGUGGAGGAGAUGUCAAAAUUGAAAGUCAGAAGUUGAACUUCAAGGAGAAGGCCCAGGCGAAAGUGGGAUCCCUUGACAACGUGGGCCACCUGCCUGCAGGUGGUGCCGUGAAGACUGAGGGCGGUGGCAGCGAGGCCCCUCCGUGUCCGGGCCCCCCUGCUGGGGAGGAGCCUGCCAUCCCUGAGGCAGCGCCUGAAGCUGGCGCCCCCACUUCAGCCAGUGGCCUCAGUGGCCACACCACCCUGGCAGGGGGUGGUGACCAAAGGGAGGCUCAGACCUUGGACAGCCAGAUCCAGGAGACAAGCAUCUAAUGAUGACAUUCUGGUCUCGUCUUCCAUCCUGUGUCCCUCCUCUUGUCUCCCCUGUUACCCUCUCCCUUCCCUCCUCCUGUGUCACUGCAGAUUGAGACCUACAGGCUGACGUUCCGGGCAAACGCCAGGGCCCGCACCGACCACGGGGCCGACAUUGUCUCCCGCCCCCCCCACUUCCCUGGCGGCCCCAGCUCAGGCCCCCGGGUGGCCGGCUCCCUCUCCCAGGCAGCCCUCUAGGCCCUCCCCACUCCUGCCUUGCUUGCCACCCCCACACUCCUUCCACUCCGAGCCACCCAGGCCCAGCUCCCUGCUUAGCUCCGAUCCUCACCAACAUCCUCACCAUUGCGCCAUUGCACUGUGGAGAAGGUUGGGUGGGAAAUGGGUGGGGGAGGCUAAUUUGGGAUCUCUGGGGAUCGGGGUGGGCUGGGGUGAGGGGAGCUGGAUUCCAACCACUUCUUUGUUUGGGUUUUUUGGACCAAACCCAAGAAAAACUGACAUACCCUCCCUCCUCGCUGGGUCCCCCUGGAGGGAAGAGUGGAAGUGGGUGUGUACUCGGUAGCUGGGCGCUGACUGUCCCUUGGAGCCGCUAAGCCACUGCCUCUCCCUUUGACCCCACAAUGGUGCCCCCCAUGCAGGUGGCACCAGGCGCCUCUUGCUGCCCCUCCCACAAGUUAGCAGGGUCAGUGCUGCCUGUCCCCAGUGCUUCUCAUACUUGCCUAGCUGCUGUCACACUUUGUUUUAUCCUUUUUUCUGGUAUUUUUUUGUUUGUUCUUAAAUAACCUAAAAACCGGUGGAGUAGUUUUGCAGGUUGAAGCCAUGUCUAAAUGAAAGUCCUCAGUAGGUGUUAAAAGAGACAGGGAGGGGAGAUCCUGAAGCUUCCAGCCGAGAGGUCAGGCACUGGGGGCCUGUCCUGGCUUGAGCAGCUCAGGUGGGCCCCCCGGAGGUGGUAUGGGUGGGGCAGGCACAGUGUGAGGCCCAUGGCCUGGAGAGCAGGCAGGGCACGCUAGGGGCUGGUCAGUGUGGACUGGUGGUUCCGGCAUUGUGUGUGUAUGCUGCUUUUCUUUUCUAACCAAGAGGCUGGUUUUGGCAUCUGUGUCUGUCUCAUUCCCUGGGAUCUGGUGGGAGACACGGGGGCUGGAAGCGGGCCAUGGAGGUCAACCUCUUUCAGGCCUGCAGCCUUGGACACUCAAGCCCUACGUUGCCAGCGAACCCAGGAUGUCCAGAACUCAUAUGGAUAGUGGGGAAUCAGGUCUGGAAAUUUGAAAAUAAGGAUAUGAGAUGGACCAUCCUGCCUCCCUUAUAAGAGGAGGAGAGGGGAGACCAGCCUGAGGGUGGCAUGUCCCAGCCAGGCCUGGUCUUGGGAUGGCUGCAAUGAUGAGUCCCGGGAAUUGUAUUGACACGAAGAUUCUUAUUGCACUUGUAUUUUUUUGUAUUAAAGUUUGCAUGGUUUCUAAUAAAGGAUUAAAACAUAACAGUUUGUAGUGAAAUGGCCUGAGAGUCUCCAGGGCUUCUCCUCUGGAAGAGCAUUUUCUGCAGUGCAGACUUGCUGCCAAGGAGGCUGCCACAGACUUGGCCCCUCACCUUCCCCACCUCAGCUCCCAGUGUCCCUUGGCGCAGAGAAGGUGGGGGCUUGAACUAGGUUUGAUCGAUGGCUGUGGCAGGUUCUCUGCAUUUCCAGGGUUAGCAUUUUCUUCAGGCAGGUCUGACACCACAUCCCCACUUCCCCAGGCAUAGACCUGAUGCCCCUGGGAGGGGGUGUCAGGAGACAGUGGGAUGACAGUGCCAGGCGUAAAAGUACCUGCUCCCCCCACAUUGAUCCUGGGGCCAAAGGGAUGCUGAGGUGGACAGCAGCCUCUGGAUCCUUUUACUCCUUUGGCCAAGGAUGGGGUGGGAGAGGACCCCAGUGGAGAGCUCUCGUGGGGGUGCUGGAGUGGUCAGUGUUCUGAAAGGUUGUGUGGUCGCAGCUCCCUUGAAGGGUCCCACAAGCCAGAGAAUCUGAGAAGGCAGGUGGGACCAGAGGCCCUGUGUGCUGUGUACUGCUCUGUAGCCAUUGCGGGUGGGACUUUUCUGUACUUCCCGAUUUGCUUAUGGCUCAGCCAUUACCUGUAUCCAUCUGUGAUUCUGUUUAACCAUUUUCGGAGUAAAUAAAGCUCUUGUGCCCCAUA